AUGCUUAUCGAACGGGCACCUGGCCUGACAUGUUUUAUUUUGUCUGUGAAGGCCACCGCCAAUUCGCAUGUCUCUGUCUUCUGGGCCAUGUAUUCUGUCGGCCGCAUGAACUCGAGGGUUGCACUACAGCUCGCCCGACUAGAGAGCGGCCCAAUAGUGGCCAGAGGUGUCAAGCGGUGCAGUGCAAGUCAAAGGCAGAACAUUACGGCAGAUGCGAGGCAAGGCGAUGCGAUGUGCGAUGUGCGAUGA